CAGUGUUGCCUCAGCCGUGGUAGAGUGUGGAUGUGUUGUACCGCGCUCGACCGUGGCUUGUGUCUGAGCGCGAAAGAAAUAUAAUGACAUUUAAGGACAUUUAUGGCUAAAACACGGAGAAUAAGUACGCAUGAGUUAUAAAGUGGUAAUGUGAGUAAAAAAGGGAAGAAAAUACCCCAAACUCACAUCUUAAUGAAUGAUCAUAAGACAUACUGAAUAGUGUACAAAUAAGAGGAAAAUUUACAGUGAAAGUGAGAGGUGAAUUGUGCAGCGCUUAAGUUGGAAUAACCUCAAUCGUCGGCACAUGUGCGCAAUGGCGCAGUCCAUUUGAAGUGCGCGCCGCAGAACUUGUCAGCUGACCUCCCCCAUGGGCUCACUGGCAGCGUGAUGGCGAGUGGCAUUCUACUAUGUUAAGGAGGACUCGACCGUUUCACUUCUAGAAUAACCACUGUUCCCUUGACAGUUGGGCGGACAAACGAUGAAGUCAAACCUGUUGCAGUUGUUUGUUGCGUCGAGACCGAGGUUGACACCGACUCCAGACGUGGACUGGCGCGGACGUGGCUAACUGACUCGCAGGAAACUUGGGUCACCUGGCGUCACCUUAAGAAAACCUGUUGGUCAAAAGGACAUCUGAACUACUAGUUACCCUGUGAUUCGUACAACUGAGAAGGUCUGUGGUAUCCGAAACCACUUGAUCAGCCAUGCAACAAAUAAUGUGGUGUGUGAUAGCACUCUAGAUAUAUAUAGAAAAAUUAUCAUUAUUUACAUAUAAAAGUAAUUUGAGACUGUUGUAGUUCAGAAUUACUGUCUGCGUUUGGCUAACGUUCAAGAACCUUCUUAUGGGACCAAGGCGUUUGUUGCAAUUGAGAAGUUAUAUUUCGAAGAAGGUCCAAGGAAGAGCUUCUCAUUCGCUACCUUAGAAGUCGUCUGUUCGAUAUUUUGGCAACCAUGACAGAUCCAAAGUCGAAUACACGGACUCAGUUCUCCAGAUGGAAGUGUUUAUGGCACUCAUGGUUGAAGAGGUGAUUAAGCUUGAACUAAAGUUAUUCUCUGUUCGUCUGUGUUCGGUGUAAAUAACUUCUAGGGAAAAUGUGACACUCAAAGAAACAUUUCCUUUUUGGGAAGUAGACUAAUCUGAAAGUCAGUGGAAAACUCGCACUUCUGUGGAAGCGCAUCGUUUGGAAAAAUAUAAAAAGGAAAUCAAGAACAGGGGUAUGUGACUUGUGUUGUUGUUCUAGUCGUUUCCUGUUCAAACAUUACUAUAUUCCCUUGAUGUGUUUAGAGAACAUAUAUGGGAUGCUGAUGUGACUGAAAAGUUAAUAACACAGUAAAGGGGUUACAAUAAUUCCAUAGAAAAACAGAACCUCUGUCGACUCUCAUUCAUGAUGGGAGAUAUAAGAGCGGACAGUGUUUCGCGGUUUUUAACGACUGGUGAUGGAAUUGUGAAAGAUGGCGAGAACAGUGAUGCGCACGAAACAGACAGUGGGAUCCACAGUGGGGACGAUGUUGUCGAUAAGAUUCAUCCUAGUGAUGUGAGGGACGGGAGGGGCGAUGGCAAAGGGCCCAGGGUAGUUAUGGGAAGAGGGGGAGGGGGUGAAGGCGAUGACGAGGAUGAUGAAGUCACCGAGAACUGCAAAGACAUCAAGGAGUUCCUCCGAAGGGGAGACACGGUGGUAGAGCUCUAUCAUCUGGAUGGCUUCGAAGGGGAAACAGAAGACAAUGACGCGACGGGCAGGAAGGCCUCCGAAAUUGACAGUCUGAAUAUUGCGAAUCUGGACGAGAGUGACGUUGAGGUGAACGUCAGUAAGAAGAAACAGAGUGCUCAGAAACUGACCGAUAAUAAGAGACGGACGCAUAGGCCAUUAGUUAGGGAGGAAACCGUCAUCAAAGUCUUCAGAUCAGACAGCCCGUUGGAUAGGGCUGACCUUGUGCCAAAGAACACAGAGAACUUCGAACUCGAGGAGGUCGAUCUUACCGAAAGGGAGGUUAGGAAGAAGCUGCCAAUGAACGGCACAAUGAUUAACAAGAAUCAUCCAGUUCAAAAUGACGAGAGUGACUCGCUCGACAGCAAUGCUACGGUACUUUCAGAACUCGAAUCCCCUAAGAGACCUCCGCAAUACCACCAUCCGACUCCAGAAAUUAGGCUGACGGAGUCGAACUCUGUCGAGUCGUGUGAUUCGACCCAGAAGGAAGAAGAAACUGAGGCGGUCCCAAGCCAUGCCGCAGAGGAAAGCCCGACUGCUGCCCUCCCCGGGUCCAUGAUCAAGAAGAACGUUGGCAAGUCACUCAGCGAUGGCACCAUUAUGACUGAUUCUUCUCGAAUGAGAAUUUUUCAGCGGCUGGAGCCUCGCGUUGGGCAUCGGGGCAUUCCGUGCAGUCUGGAUGUUCACGAGGAGAGCCCGGAAGACCUAGGUGAUGACGCAGAAGGAAAGAAAGGCAUUAUAGAGUCUUAUCAUGCUCAGUUCAAGUUAGAGAAGCGUGACUCCAAGGGGCAGCUUAGAGACACCCUAGCUGUUCCCGGGGAGCGAAGGGCGAGCAGAGCUGCGGAACUGCGCACAAAAGGAAGAAGAAGAGAGUCCAUGUCUUUUGUGCGAGAGGACCCGCCCUCUCAGUCCUCGGUGUCGAGUGUGGAGGACGAAGGGCAGCACCCAAAUUCACAGAUCAAGAAUAAUGUCCCCCCGGGAAAAGAGGUGCUGACUGGGGUCACAAGUUUACAAGUCGUCACUACCCAAAUUCCAGGCCACAGAGCGGUGGACAGGACAAACUCAACGCGGGAGGCCGAUCCAACUGGGCAGAUUUUUAAGCGAGGACACGUGUACAGAGGGGUUUACCUACCCACUCUCACCAACAGCUUUCGGGACCACCAGCUGGAAGUGGCCUACCAGAGGUAUUCGUACCGACAGAGACAGAAAUCCCUGAUUAUGGUCAACGGGGUCGAUUUAGUUCUCAAGAUCGUCCUCCUGGUUAUAUACCUGGUCAAUGUCGACGUCAUCGAUGGAUCUUACGCUGCGGCAGCUACAAUCAUUUACUCCCUGGGCUGGAUGAUGGUGAAUGGGGUACUGUGUGUCCUGUCCUGGUGGAGAUGUUUCGCCAACAAUUACCUCCACUGGGGAGCAAUAUGUACCUGGAUAGUGCUCAAUAUUCAAGGCUGCAUCUCCCAGUCGCUUUUGCACACCAUCAGCCAUCGGGACGAGAGCCAGGACGUCAAGCCCAGUAAUGAGAACCAAGUGUGGUACUUACUCUUCAUCGUCUUCGUGACGUACUCCAUGCUGCCCCUCCCCCUCAGGUGGGGCAUCCUGGCCGGCUGCAUCACCUCAAUGAUUCAUCUCAUCCUCACUUUCAUCACCUUCUCAGGGACCUCGCCGGCUAUUCUGGUCCCCGUUUUGUCCAACAUCAGCCUGUACGUUGCCAUUAACUUCGCUGGGAUGUACACCAAGUACCUGACAGACCGUACUCAACGGAAGGCCUUUCUGGAGACCCGGAGAGCCAUGGAGAUGAGAUGCAGAACCCAAAGGGAAAAUGACAGACAGGAGAAGCUGCUGCUGUCAGUGUUGCCGAGGUUUGUCGCUCUGGAAAUGAUCAAAGACAUAGCGUCGGAGGAGGACAAACAUGGAGAGUUCCAGCCGUCGCAGUUUCACAAGAUCUACAUCCACCGAUACGAGAAUGUUUCCAUCCUGUUCGCCGAUAUCAAAGGAUUUACAGCAUUGGCUAGUCAGUGCAGCGCCCAGGAGCUGGUGCGGGUUCUGAACGAUCUGUUCGCUCGAUUUGACCGACUGGCUCUGGAAAACCACUGCCUCAGAAUAAAGCUGCUGGGAGACUGCUAUUAUUGCGUGAGUGGCCUCCCGGAAGCGAGGAAAGACCACGCGCAGUGCACCGUCGAGAUGGGGCUCCAUAUGAUCAGGGCUAUCAAGCAAGUCCGGCAGAGAACUCAGGUGGACCUCAACAUGAGAAUUGGCAUCCAUUCCGGCGCCGUCUUGUGUGGUGUGUUGGGACUCCGCAAGUGGCAGUUCGAUGUCUGGUCCUAUGACGUCACGCUCGCCAACCACAUGGAGUCUGGCGGCAUACCAGGGCGUGUCCACGUCUCCAAGGCAACAGUCGACUGCCUGAAUGGUGUCUACGAAGUCGAACCGGGCCAUGGAGCGACACGAGACCAGUAUCUAAAGGAUCACGCCGUCGAGACGUACUUGAUCAAGAGAGAAGAGCCUAUGAGACAGAGGCGCCGAGGGCCUAAGUAUUCCCGUUCAAGGCUUUGGUCUGAGGACGAACGCAAUUCCGUCUCCCAUACGGAAAAAGACCGCAGACACUCCACUGCGACCACGACUUCCAACUCGCCGAGCCAUCCUCCGUCGAUCAACUGCCCGAUCAUCACAACCACGGAAGCGACGCCCAACCACCACCCGACGGAGCCCAACCACACCUCGGCGACGGCGAACCACAGACCGAAACAGAGCCACAACCAAGUAGGUAAUAGUAAGAAGCAGGUCGUUCCCGCGUCUCCUGGCAGCACCUGCGAUUCUUCUAACAGCGUUGGUUCCCCCACAUCCAGUAGUGCUUCUGACACUGACGAGGAAGAUGGGCCGAAGAACUCUGAAGGGACUGAUAAGGGUAGCAGCAGUACGUCUCCAACGCCGUCUCCAACAGGACCGUUGGAAGAAGAUAAUCCUAAUGACUGGACGCCUGAAAUACCAUUUGAAAAUCUACGAUAUUACGCAUGGUUUUGGAAUAGUGCAGCCAAUUACUCUCUGACAUUGCGUAGGAAAAGUCUUCUCCCUGCACGGGCAGUGCUUGAGAUGGACUGGGAUGACGAGACCUUUUUUGAGGAAGAAAUCCCAGAGGAUGAGGCCACCGAGGUAGAGGUCACCCAGUUUUCAAAUGCUCCGUCUAAUUUCACCCAUGAGGUGGACAACUUAAUGAACAACAACAUAGAGAUUGAGUCCAAUAAACGAAUGCGUGCUGAGCACAUGUAUCCCAUCACUCUAACAUUUAAAGAAGAUGAAAUGGAAGAAACCUACCAUCAGGUCAGGGCUGAUCUUCUGAAGAGCAACGUUGUGUGCACUUGUGUCAUCUGGGCACUCAUCGUCAUAUGCCAGUCCAUUGUAAUCCAGAGCCCAACAGUUCUGGCUGAAACGUUCGUGCCAUCAACUGUUGUUUUAGGAGGAGGUCUGUUAUUGGUGAUGGCAGAAGAAUACCCCUCAUUGCCUUCAUGCCUGAGACGUCUGUCGACUCGCCUGGCAAGAGCGACUUUAGGCAGGAAGGUCUUCAUCUGUUCCCUCAUUGCUGUUAUUUCUAUCCCAUCCGUACUUACGCUGAUCUUAGUUGAAGAGAAUUGCCAGAGUGUCAAUGAUACCUGCUAUAAUAUGACAAGGACGCAUGAGGGAGGGUUCCCACAGAACAAUCAGAAUGGAGGAAACAGGAUGCCAUCAAGUCUAUAUCUCACCAGCAAUCAGUACAUACAAGGAAGUCCAUUGAAGGCUGCUUCUUCCGUCAGAGAAAGUGGCAACAGAAGUUCUACUAGUGGAAGUGUUCAGACAUCUUUACCAGUGUUAGGUAGCUCAAAUACCAAGAACUUGACACAAAAGGACCAAGCAGAAAUAGAUACCAAUUAUUAUCGCACAAUGUUUGUAGGUAGUGAAAGUGUAUUUUCUAAUACCGGUGUUUUGGAUUCUUUGACGAGUCGUGGUGCAGGUAUUUUGGAAACCAAGUAUACAGCAAACUUGAGAGGACUCCAGAAAAGUGUGAUAUCCCGUCGUGAGAAAAGAGAUAGCACUGACUUCAGAGAAGCUCGUGAAACCUCUCGUCUCUGGCCCCUAUUUAGUGUUGGUAUUAAAGAGAACAAAAAUCCAAUAUCGGGUGCUGAAGUAGAAAUGUCUCAAGCUAAUAUGCUUGAUGAUUCGGAAAGAACUAGUGACAUAAUGAAUAGCAGAAAUCGUCGCCAUGAAGUAGUAGAGAAUGUGUUUGAUAAAAGUGUAAAUGACAAGCAUAAAGUUCCAGCGAUGUUAAGCCAUACCAUACCGGCAGAUAAAAGUAAUGUGUCCAUAAGUGGCAUAAGAGAAAGAGGUGCAGGUGAGAGGAAGAGUCCGAGAAUUGAUGAUUUAAACCAACAGGAAACAGUCAUGUUUUGUAUGUACCCACAGUACUGGGUCUACACUUGGGUGCUUUGUAUGGUAGCUCUCGCUUCCUUCCUGAAACUUAAUUACUUAGCCAAGACGGUGGUUUUGGUGUUUAUGGUAACAUGUUAUACCUUCCUCAUUAUAGAAUAUGACAAAGUGUUCUGCGAGACUUACCACGGAGUGUCUUUGACGGCUAAGAUGUUGGUCCUUCUUGUGCUCUUCUUCUUCAUGGUCUCCUAUCAUGGGCGCUUGGUGGAAAUUACUUCUCGCCUAGAUUUUGUUUGGAAACAGCAAGCUCUCCGAGAACUCACAGAUAUGAGUGAAUGCAGACAAUAUAAUACACAACUUCUGAAAAAUAUACUUCCUGACCAUGUAGCUAAUUACUUUCUCUCUGAAGACCGCAAGGGUGAGGACCUUUUCUCAAAGGCUUAUGAAAAUGUGGGAGUUCUCUUCGCAUCUAUUCCAAACUUCACUCAGUUUUAUUCUGAAGACGUAAAUCGGGGAAUGGAAUGCAUUAGACUGCUUAACGAAAUUAUUGCUGAUUUUGACGAGUUGUUAGAUGAAGAUAGAUUUGCCUGCAUUGAAAAAAUCAAAACAAUUGGAAGCACAUAUAUGGCUGCAUCAGGACUCAAUCCAACGGAAAAGGAUGCGGAAGAUGCACAUGCACAUUUAUGCGCUCUUGUAGACUUUGCCCUCGAGAUGAAGGCAAGACUUGAAGAUGUUAAUACACAUUCUUUUAACAACUUUAGACUUAGAGUUGGAAUUAGUCAUGGCCCUCUGGUUGGGGGUGUUAUUGGUGCUAAAAAACCAGUUUUUGAUGUGUGGGGUAACACUGUCAAUGAGGCAUCACGAAUGGACUCUACAGGAGCUAUUGAUAUGAUUCAAAUUCCAAAAGACACAGCUCAGAUUCUUAACUUUCGUGGGUUUAGACUUCAGUAUCGUGGUCGAAUAGCUGUUAAAGGAAAAGGAGAGAUGGAUACGUAUUUUGUUGUGGGAAGAAGAGCCUCAUCAAGAGCCACAUUCAGCCGGCAACCCUCUACUUACAAUUCCUUGGCAGCUGUUGUAUAUGGAAUGGUCCAAGCACGCAAAAAGCAGACUAUAAAAAGAAGUAACACAACUGUCAGAAGAGAAAGACCUAGAAAAGUAUCUCCUUCAGAGUUGUCAUCCCCCUGUCCUGGAGGUGCAUCAGGCAGUAUCCCAUUGUCUAUUGGGAGUAUCACUCCUGCCCUUUCAAGAAGAGGCAAGACAGCAGUUUCUCACCAUAACCUUAGAAGCCUCUACAGGGAUGAGAACAGAUCUGAUGAAGCCGUUUAAUAGACAACACUUUUUAUUAAUUUACUGCACAUCGUGUGUCAAAAGUACAAGGGACAUUUUGAAGUACUGUAGUUCUCCUUCAUGGUUCUAAAUUUCUUCCACAAGUACCUUUUGUGGUACUACAGCAGGCUGGAUCUGGUUAAAAUAUAAUAUAUUGCAUUAUUACAAUAUUAUGGUUUCUUGCUUCCAUAUAUUUAUUGACCAGUCGUGUCACUGUUUUAAUUUACAAGUCUAUCAUCUUGACAUGCAACCUGUAAUUUUUUAAUAUAAGUAUAAAUUUCUUUAACAUUUUGAAUACCAAUAAAAAGUCCUGUUCAUAAUAGUUUUAAGUAAUUUUUAAUUGUACAGCAUAUUUUUAAAUUGCACAUUUUCCAUACAGUAUUACAGAAGUAGAGUUAAGGCAAAUAAAAUCAUAGUUUAUUAUGAAAGCCAUAACAGUCUCAUCAUGGCAUUUUUUAUGCAGUAUAUAAAGACAAUUUUGUGCUUUAUUUCCCUUCACUGCAUGAAGAACAAAAGAAAUGAACUCUAAAAAUAUGGAAGGUAAAACACUUAGGCAUACAAUUUGCAAAUAUGAAACACUUUAGGAUUUCAGGUUACUAUAGAUAAUUAUUGCUCGAUUUAAGGAUCGAGCUUUCUCUACAGAUUUAUUUUCCUCAUAGUAUAUAAUGAUAAAUAGUCAGUAUUGAGAUGAUGAGUUGUCUAAAUGCUGUAACAACUCAUCAUUACUUGCAGCAACUAAUGAAAACAAUCCCCGCACUGCAGUGAAACUUUUUCUGGUUUCCAUGGAACAGGAUUAAAUAAAAAAAAUAUGUAGUAUAGACUAAGACUUGAUAACCAAAAAAUUAAACUGGAACUUCCAAGGUUGUCGGUCUUUAGUAUAAAAUAAAACUAUCAGCCAGUUAACUACCCCUUUCUGGAUGAUCCUGUCUACAAGGCAAGACAUUUUUUUUAAUUCAAGUCUUAUCUUCUGCCACACUGUUCCAUCAGUGGGCAAGAACAAGUUGCUACAUCAUCUCCAAGUUGUCACAACAAUUAAUUUACUCCAAUUCCUUAUAGCAAGCAGUCAAAGUGCCUUUUAAUGACCUGGAACUAAAAAUUAUUUACUCUUCAGUCGGGAAGUACAGUACAUAUAUAGUGGCCCUUCAGACUGCCUAAACCAAUUUUAGUAGCUUUAGUAACUUUCCUAAUCUCAUAACAUACUGUACUUGAAUAUUAUCUUGUGUUACUCAGUGUGAGAAAUUAAUAUGGAUUAUGGUAUUGUUACCUUCAUACUUCCUGUUCUCAUGAUGCCAGAAAGGCAACUUCAACAAAUUAAAUGACUAUGAGAUUGGGAAUAUACUGUGCUUGAACAGUACAUAUAGAGCCUCUGAAGCAUUAUCUUCAACAGAUUGUUCAUACUCUUGUGCUUUUUAUAAAGUAAUUUUACUAAGAUUCACAUUUAGGCCUAUAUAAAUAUAUCAAUCCAGUCAUCUUAAGAAUAUGAGUUAUCAAAACGUCAUUAAUUUAGGUAAUAGGAUACGAUUUUACACUGAAUUUUUAUACUCCAUUUCUACUUUGAUAUGCUGGGUGCUUCAUUAUGGUCAAUGAAAUAACUGAUGAAGUGAGAUUGACAGCUUGCAGGCUUACAGAUUUGGAGGUACAUAGCAAUGAUGUAGAAAGAAAAAUAAGUUGGUCAUGUGCUACUUUCAGUUACAAACUAAUUAAUCUUUUUCCUUUUAGGAACCCAGAUUGGGUUCCAAGUGGUGCUUUGAUUGUUUUCAAGUUAACUACAGCAAUUAAUGUACAGAGAAGAAAUUUCUUAAUUGUUUUGAAAAAAGUAUCAUAAUAGCAACUUUUUCAUACUGAAGUCACAUUUGUAUAUAAUUCUGACAAUAGUUUUAUGUUUCCUGCUUAUCCUAUUUAAAUGAUUUACCUAGAAGUGUUCACAAUGCGAUAGCAUUCUAAUAUAAAAAGUUUAAGAGAAAGAAAAAAUAUGAGAAUUCAUUCAUUUUAGUUUUUCUGAAAAAAUAUAAAUGUAGGUUGGUUAACAUUGCUAUUGGGGCUUGAGUCUCGAAGAAAGUAUAUUUUUGGCACAGUACACCAAUCAGCUAAUUAAGGGGAGUCAUUUGUAUAUAACAAUCAUCUCUGAAGUACAGAUUCUACACAUACCAAAAAAAAAAUAACUAAAUAAAAGGACAGCUAAAAUUACCAUGUAGGGAUUUCUACCUUCAGUUUACCUGUGAUUAACACCCAAGCAACAAAACAAUCUCCUUCCUUUAACUUUAAAAGAUCUCUCUGACAGUGCAGUCUGAAAUUUACAAGGGAAUACAGAUAUCAACUCUACUUUCCUUUAGCUGUGAUAUUCACAGUAGUCCCUAUUAGCAGGAAAGUAAUAAAGAAUUCUUAAGCUUUUACGAAAAGGCCAUAACCUUCACAGUUUAUCCUUGGAAAAGAUGUAACUUUAUACAGUAGUUUCUAUAUCCAUCUCCAGACACAUGGAAUGUGCUCAGGGAAAAAAAUGACAAAUUCAUUUUAUGCAGGAGGCAACAUGACUGUUACAAAAUGGCUUUUGAAAGAUUCAACAAAAUCUUCCAGCUGAGUCAAACUUUACUUAUUAUCAUCAUCAACAUCAUGAGAGUGUUACAGUGUGAGUGAAGGAACAGGACUACCCAGUAAGUUUCUCAAUCCAAGCCAAACACUACCAUAAAAUAGGAACUUACAACUCAACAACAAAGUGUCUAGAUGCCUUGAAAUGCUGCUUGCCUCAGAGUAAAGUAUAAUGUCACAGGAAUUCCCAUUGCCAAAAAUACAGUCAACCCCUGGAUUUGCAAGGGAUAGGGACCACAACCCCUGCGAAUAGCUAAAAUCUGCGAAUAAUUAACACUACGUACUCUAUAAAUGCUUAUCAACUGCCUAUUUUGAGUUCUAGCAAAAAAAAAUCUCAUACCCGACUUUCAAUAAUUUUAUCAUGAAAAAUGUACUUAGUCAUGAAAAUAUGAAAAUACAGUAAUUAGAGAAUAUCUCUCUACAAAAUAUUCUGCUAUUAGGCGAAUUUUCUGCAAAUACUAAUGUGGAUAUAUGUUCCACAGAAAAAUUGGCAAAUAGGCAGGGGUCAACUGUAGUCACAAAUUAAACCAAGCACGAUAUAAGCAAGAAAUUAACGAAACUUCAUGGAUAAUACAACACAUAAAUUGAUUAAUUACACUAGCUUUACCAAAUGUUCAGUAUUAUCAAUUAAUACUAUACUCAUUAGCUAAGCUAAAAUUCAAGCCAGACCAUUAUUGAGGUAAUGAUGAAAAUUAAGAUUCUUGGUAAACAAACUGUGAUUAUGAAAACUGGGGCAAAAUAGUUUGCCAAAGAGAAAUAUAAAGGACAAAGACAACAUGCAACUUGUGGUGAAAAAGUAUGGUUUCAUCUCCUGAGUUACUAGCUCUGAGAUAUCCAAGUGAGGUAGUAUUGUACAUGUAUUGCCUAGUUGCAUUGACAAAUUUCCUGACUGGACAGUUUUAAGUCAUUUUUUUUCACUAUGGUACAGUAUAAUUUUCAUAAGAGAAUCUCAUCUUCAGAUCUCUACACUUUGAUUUAUGUAUGUGCUUCCUCUAAGGGAGAGUCAAUUGGGUCAUGUCAAAAAUGCUAGAAAUGUAAAUAGUGAUGAACUUUUUUAUAUUCCGUACAUAUACUAGUCAUUAACGAGAAUUCAAAUGACUAGAUAUAGGAACCUGGUCAAGACAAUGAAACAGUUUGUGCAAUUGACAAACUUAGACAGUAUAUAAAAAUAGAACUUAGCUACAUCAGGGAACAAAUUAAUGACCUUGCUAUUCAUAAAACUUAGCAAAAUUAUAUUAGUCAUCUUCCAUAAGAGUCUAAUUUAUAUAUUUCAUGUGGUUUUCAAAUCUCAUUGGAAUGUUCCUUCAGUUUUGCAUUUGAGAGAUCACAGUACAGCAUUGCAUGUAGGCUACCAUUACCAUUACUUUUAUAUGUGGUUUACUUUAUACCCUAUAUUGACAGUUAAACUCUAGAUAGUUUUUAAACAUUACAAAGUUGAAAAAUGUCCUCUAGUUCACAUCACACAAGAAGAUGGACAGUAAUGCAAGUAACAUUUCCUCCCAUUACACGAUGUUUAGCACUCCGAUGAACAAAAUUUUGUGACAAUCAUUUUGCACUCACAAAGGCUAUAGCAGUGUGAGGCACUGACAAGUGUUAUCUUAUAAUGCAGAAGUUGCUCUUGACACAAACAAAAUGAAGCUAUAGUUGCAUGUUUUAAUAAUGGAACUACAAUAAAUAUUCGGAUACAACAAAAUUAGUAAGAUAUUCAGAUACUUGUUAAAUAGCGUAAAGUCUAAGCAAGAAAGGUUAAUCCGAGUCUACUAAAACUUUAAAUUUACACAAAAGGUAAAGAAAAUUAAAACUGGGAGUCAAACAUUUAACAACUCGAUAAAAUUGGCAUGAAAAACUUCAAAUCAUAGUAUACAUAGUUCCAAGAAUUUUUUUACUUCUUAAACUAAUCACUAAUAUUGAAGUUUAAAAGUCCUUUGCAAACAUAUGUGCAGUAUGUAUGUAGUUAUGGAAUCAGACUGACUCAAAUCUAGUCAUUUAUUGCCUUGGCAAAUCACAUCAAAUGCUUCACUUUUGGGACUAAUGAUGGCCCUUAUUUGCAAAACCUAGUUUUCCGAAUCCCUUUUCUUUUGUCAGACACUGCAAGAGCAUUUACACAUCUUUGUUGACAUUUACUUGUGCUAACUUUUGGGUCUACUUAAAAGCCUGUGUUAACUUUCCGUCCCCUUUGAAUAAUCUGUUAACAACACAUUUCAGGAUCACACUGGUGCAUCACUUUGGGAUUGUCAUUGUCCUUUUUCUUUUUGAUCACCUGGGAUUUCAAAUACAGUUUGUGUCAGGGAAACAUUUUACCCUCCACAACGUUUAUGCAUUAGAUUUUAUAUUCUCAUCAUUCUAUGCCCCGUCCUAAUCUCUAAUUCAACAAGGAUAAUUCCUGUCUACUAUCCCCACAUUCCAACUUUAUGCUACCAAACAGAACUACUGGUAUAACUUCCCAUAACUAUCCUAUAGUGAGCUAAUUCACUGCAAUAAAGGAAGAAAGGUCUCGAGAGACCGAAGUGGCCCUAUUUUCUUGUAUGAAAAAACAUCUCUCAAGAACAAAUCACAGAAUUCUGGAAAUACAUUUAUACUGAAUUUGAUGUUGCAUGGCGUGUACAACUGAUCUAAUCUGCAGCUGUCAUUAAACUUAAUAAUUUUUACAGUAACCGAGAAUACAAUUUCACAAAAACACAAUGUGUGGUUCACCAACAGUCCAUAGUCAUUUUCUGAUGUAAAGUUCGUCAUGUCAAUUCUACAGACACUGGAUGUUGAUCUAUAUGUAUGCUGAGGUUUGGGAUAUUCAUGCUAAAAAUACACCUUUCUUUGGGUUUCAAGUCCCAUAUACUAUGUACUUUAUGUGUACAAUAAAUUCAUUAUACAUAUAUAUUCUUUUAAGUUAGCAGAAAUUCGUCAACCUCAUUACGCCGUUGUAUGAGAGAAGGCCCAAUCAUUUAGAAUGGUAGCCUACAUUCUUAUUUCAAAGUACAGUAGUUUAGGCAGAAUGUUUCAAACCAACACUUUUUUUAUGGAAAAUCAAUAGAUAAAAACAGUACAGGAUACUUAUUCAAAUUCCGUAGAAAGAAAGCUGAUCGUUAGCCAAUCUCAGUGCAUGAAUAUGGAUUAGUGAGAAUAAUGACCCAGGUACACGAUGUUGAUGGUUGGGCUGGAAUGGAGAUGGUCUCACUCACUCUCUCCUUAAUCCAAUUAGCAUUUAGCUUGGUGGAUCUCGGAGAUUGUCCAUAAGUUAUCGAGAUGGUUCAACACCAUCAGUACGAAUAACUCUCCAAAUUGUAAAUAACUCUGUUUCCUCUAUAAUAUAUAUAAAGCUUUGAGAAUGGAUAUGUGCAGGGUUGCCACUCACUGUCAAGAUACUUCUAUCCAUGCUACUACUAGUUCUUUAAUGAGACAGAUACUGUGCUUCUCCCAGUAAUGCUCUUGAUGGACCAUACUGAAAGUGGUUAACAGAAAUAUCCUAAUCAUCCCAAUACUACAGGAAACUUGGCAAGGUCCACAUUCCAUUUGGUAAUUGAGUUUUGUUAUGAUUAAACACCAAUGCAGAAAUUUCUCUGACUUUCGAACAACCUCCAAGAACAUCAAUGGACAAGAGAAUGAGCAGAAAGUAUUUCCAUUACAACCCUACGCUCAACAUCCCUUACCAGACUAUUAUUCCCAUUAAUCUAUAUUCCUAUAUGUACUGUAACUCAAACCAAGUUAAAUUGUACUAUUCUACACGAAACGAACUUUGCUCUUCCAACUGCACACCCAAGAUAAAAAAACGACUUUCUACUAGCUUAAAAGAAUAAAAGGAAAAUUGUUAACUAUUAACCUGUUAUUAACUUCAAAAA